CACACGCUGCUGCCGAGCGGAGCGCAGGCUGCACGGAGCCGCUAACAGAGACACAGAAGCGAGAGGAGCGGGUGCCGCAGGAGGUGGCAUGACAUGUAUAGCGUGUUUUUGGGAGGCAAGAGCUCAGCACUUUUCCCGCUACCCUUUUCUGUGAAGUGUGCACCGCCUCAGAGCGCAGGAUCGGACCCUCAGACAGAGGCUCCCUGAGAGCUGGGACUGUGGACUGGUGCCUUGCUUACAAAAGCCCCGACAGGCAGGAGAAGUAGCCCCCGUGUGCGCAAAAUACGCGGAGAGGCAGAGAAGGCGAGACGGGGAGCCUCUCCGUCGGAUCUGGGCGCACCCUGGAGCCGCGGUCCAGACUCUCCGGAGUGCCGACAUUGCCAAAAGCUUCCCAACUAGCCGGGGGAAAUGCAGUAUUGAUCAAGGAGUGUAUGUGAUCAACAUUUUUGGAUGAGACUCACUUAAUUCUAGGUGGCAACGCUCCGCUAAGUAGCCCGACUCUACAGGGGAAAGGGCUGCGCAAACCCACAUCUCUUAAUUUAUUCAAUGACAUGUGCUUGGAAAACAGUUUUCUUCGCCAAUGGUUUACUAAAGGACGAGGGAUUAUUAUUGAAGUGGCUUAGUUUUGUCUGCUGCCAGCAGUUUUUGGCCCAGAAGGGGUGUGGAUUUUUUCUUUUGGAGGAACAGCAGAUUUGAUAUAGACGAGGUGGGGACAUUAUAAAAUUUAAAGAUCUCCACGAGUUUCUACAUCAUCCAAGAUGGAUUUUCUGUCAUGCUUGAUUGGAUUUUUAAUGGCAAUAUGUCAUGUGGCAUCGAGAGUCAGUGGAGAAGAGGUGACAGGAACAGAGUGCGGGGGCGUCCUGGAUGCCAGCGAGGCGGGCUACAUCACCUCCCCCGGCUAUCCUCUGGAGUACCCGCCUCACCAGAACUGUCACUGGAUCAUCACGGCGCCGGAGCCCUCGCAGCGCAUUGUCCUCAACUUCAACCCCCACUUUGAGAUCGAGAGGCUGGACUGCAAGUAUGACUUCAUUGAGAUCCGCGACGGGACCUCGGAGACCGCCGACGUCCUGGGUCGACACUGCAGCAACAUCGCGCCCGCGCCCAUCAUCUCGUCCGGCCCCUCCCUGCAGAUCCGCUUCGUGUCGGACUACGCCCACCAGGGGGCGGGCUUCUCCCUGCGCUACGAGAUCUUCAAAACAGGGUCGGAGUUCUGCUUCCGCAAUUUCACCAGCCCCUCCGGCAUGAUCGAGUCGCCGGGGUUUCCGGAUAAAUACCCCCACAACCUGGAGUGCUCGUACAUGAUCAUCGCCCCGCCCCACAUGGACAUCACCCUGACCUUCCUGACCUUCGACCUGGAGAACGACCCCCUGCUGGUGGGAGAGGGCGACUGCAAGUACGACUGGCUGGACGUGUGGGACGGCCUGCCGCAAGUGGGUCCUCUGAUUGGCCGGUACUGCGGGACGAAGAUCCCUCCGGAGAUCCAGUCGUCGUCCGGCCUGCUGUCCUUGUCCUUCCACACCGACAUGGCCGUGGCCAAAGACGGCUUCUCCGCCCGCUACAACAUGACACACAAAGAGGCCAGCGACUCGUUCCACUGCAGCACGGCGUUCGGCAUGGAGUCGGGGAAGAUCAGCGACGACCAGAUCACGGCCUCCUCGUCCUUCUACGACAACCGCUGGCUGCCGCGCCAGGCCCGGCUCAACAACGACGACAACGCCUGGACGCCCUCAGAGGACAGCAACAAGGAGUACAUACAGGUUGACCUCCACUUUCUCAAAGUGUUGACGGGCAUCGCCACGCAGGGCGCUGUUUCCAAGGAGACACAGAAGUCCUACUUCGUCACCACCUUCAAGCUGGAGGUCAGCACCAACGGGGAGGACUGGAUGGUCUACCGGCACGGCAAGAACCACAAGGUCUUCCACGCCAACACGGACCCGGCCGAGGUGGUUCUGAACCGGGUGCCCCAGCCGGUUUUGGCCCGCUUCGUCCGCAUCCGACCGCAGACCUGGAAGAACGGCAUCGCCCUGCGCUUCGAGCUCUACGGCUGCCAGAUUACAGAUGCUCCGUGUUCAGACCUCCAGGGCCUGCUGUCCGGCCUGCUCCCCGACGCCCAGAUCUCAGCCUCCUCCAGCAGGGACAUGGUGUGGAGCCCAGGGGCGGCCCGCCUGGUGGCCAGUCGCUCCGGCUGGUUCCCCGGCCCCGCGCAGCCGCUCGCUGGCGAGGAGUGGCUCCAGGUGGACCUCGGGGUGCCCAAGACGGUGCGAGGCGUGAUCACCCAGGGGGCAAGGGGAGGGGACGCAGGGAGCGGGGCGACCACCGAUAACCGGGCGUUCGUCAGGAAGUACAAAGUGGCCCACAGCCUGGACGGAAAGGACUGGAGCUUCAUCAUGGACAGCAAGACCAGCCUGCCCAAGAUUUUUGAGGGGAACACGCACUACGACACCCCGGAGCUGCGGCGCUUCGAGGAGAUCGUGGCGCAGUACAUCAGGCUGUAUCCCGAGCGCUGGUCUCCGGCCGGGAUCGGGAUGAGAGUGGAGAUUCUGGGCUGCGACCUGCCAGAAACCAGCACCCCGCCAGACACGGCCACGCCCACCCUGCCUGCUGGCAUGGAAACCAGCACUGUCCCCGUUUCAACCACAGUAGCCAGCCCUGCCCCGUCAGAUGGCGUCUGCGACUUUGACCAUGGCCUGUGUGGGUGGACUCACGACCCCAACGCCCCUCUCCUCUGGUCCCUGCACAACCACGAUUUGAACAGCUACCUGUACGUGGAGGCCAGCCCCAAGACGGAGCAGCAGCGGGCGCGGCUCCUGAGCCCCGUGGUGGCGGCGGACACGGGGCCCCUGUGCCUCCUCUUCUCCUACCAGCUGUGGGGCGAGGCCCAGGGCAGCCUGAGGGUCCUGCUGCAGGACGCCCACCACGAGGAGACGCUCCUCUGGGCCCUGAGGGGAGACCAGGGCCCCGUCUGGAAGGAGGGGCGCACCAUCCUGCCCCGCUCCCCGAAGGACUUCCAGGUGGUGAUGGAGGGGUUCUUUGAGCAUGGCACCAAGGGACACAUCUGGAUAGACAACAUCCACAUGAGCUCUGGCACCCCACUGGAGGAGUGUACACAACCCUUUGCAGCUUUCCCUCCCGACAUGACAGGGGGAGGCCUUCCAGUCGGGAGUGAGCCCACAGUAGAUACCCUGGCUGUGCCUCCCUUGCCCGUCCACUGGUAUUACAUUAUGGCUGCCGGGGGCGCCCUCCUUCUCCUGGCGGUGGCCAUCUUGGUCAGGGCCCUCUGUUGCUGCCGACAACACCUGGCCGCCAAGAAGAGCCAGCUGUCAGUGGCCUAUCACAGCUCCUCCCAGUGCUUCCAGUAUUCCCACUGGUCCUCCAGUAUGGCCGCCCCAGGGGUGGAGCCAGUCCUGACUGUCAGGCUGGACAGCCGGGACCGACACCGUACCCUCUGCUGAAUCAGAGCUAGGCGGGUUACGAUUGGCAGAGCAGAGCCCCUCCCACUUUUGAUGUCAGUGGCGGGAUGUGUCACGAUGCUGGAAGACUGACAGGACGUCCCACUCAACAAAACCCCUCCCUCUUUGCGAUUACGGUAGCGAGGGUGAUAAUGACACAAGACACUGUCCUGGACUGCAAAGCGCAAAGUUGCCAAGAAACACUGCUGUCUUCUCUCUCUCUCUCUCUCUCUCUCUCUCUCUCUCUCUCUCUCUCUUUCUCUCUAAUGGAUGUAGCUUCGGUUGCUGUUUUCUUCUUUGUUCCAUUAAGGAGUUUGCUGUUGACAUUUUCACACUAUGCUGCUCCCAAUGAGAGGACUGAGUGAGUUAUUUAUCUGAACAGCUUGUUUCAGACCAUUGAGUGCCGUCUGGCUCCACGUAACCCCCACAGUCCUCCUGGAAUGACCCCAGCAUGGACACUCUGUGUGGGCUGGAGAGGAGGCAGGAGGGAGGGAGGGGGGGCGGGGGGGAGUGGCGAGCUGGUUCCACUGUGAGAGCCAGCCAGAGCUGCCAAACCACAGGCUAAAACAAGACCCCAGAGACCUGAGGAGCUCUGCAGUGCUGCAAGAGAGCAGAAAACUGUUAGACCGGGAGGCAUUCAGUGCGCGAGCUGUGGAAAUGACCUGGAAAACCCCAGAAAAUAAAGCUCUUGGAAACUCUGUACUACCAACGUGAGAUUGCAUCGAUAGGAGAGUCCUAUUCUGGCGGAGGGCUGUUUUUAAGAAUGAGGAGGAACAAAAAUGAUCUUCCCAUUGUCCUAUUCAGCAGAGCAUGUGCACAUUUAAAAAACAAAAGAAUGCAAAUCCAUCAUACUUAGAGUCCUGCACCACAAAUGGAGAUAACUCAGUUCAUUUGAUUGAGCGCCGUGUCUUCUCCUGAUAAAGGCAUCAGUCAGUGAUGGAUGCAGCCGUCUUCAGUGUUUAGUGUUUCAUCUUGAUGCUCUGGCGUAAUAAAGCACGUUGUUCCACUCCCAUUAAUGCUUCAUACCACCCACUCCCUUUGUUCCCCAUGUCUUCGAGCUGCCCAAAUGAAAGCCAUGCCGAGCCGAGCCGUGUUGUGUUCCUUAGUGUGAAUAUGUGCUUGUUGUUUUUAGGGUUGUAAAUAGACACAGCUGUCUGCCAUCGCCGCCUCCUCCCGUGAUUUAUACUCCUACAAAUCCCACAAUGCCGCGGGACCAGCUGGAAGCCAUAAGCGCGGCGUUUUGUUGUUGUAUGUGCACCCCUUGAGAGCGUUCCAAGAGGAGUUUAUGAAAACCAGAGCAAGCAGAGCACCAGCUCACGGAUGAUGCUCCCCCUUUCGUGUCACGAGACGCGACGAAAAGGUCCCCGCCGGACCGCUUUCCAAAACAGACACAGAGAAUGCACUAAUCGCUAAUAUUUGUCCUUGUUUCGAAAUGUGGAAAGGCAGAUGCGGCAGAGAUGUCUCCAAAGCGCGGACGAGGCGGAGCGAUUGGCACCAGGCUCUCUCAAAAGUCGCUGCAGAGGUGGCGAGAUUUGACACAAGCUCAAUUUAACACCCCGGAUUGAAAGAAAUUGAGGUCCUCACUCGGUGGCUUAAAAAGGGCGUGCUUUCGUGAUCUUUCACACCAGCAAAAAUCCAUCACCUUCUAACCCACAGCUCAGCAGAAUGCACCUCUAUUUGUUGCAACAAUUUAGGAGUUGUACUUCUCUCUCCAGGGUAAAAAAAAAAAAAAAAAAAUGUGUUUUUUGGCACACUCUCACAAUGUGCUUUUAAAUCAACUUGGGGAGAGGGAUUGGACACCCCACCCUGUCCAUCUUGACACCGUUACGCUCCAAGAUCCUAAUAGUUGUAAUUAGUUAAUGGACAGAUAACAUUUAUUAAGGCUGCGGUAAGCACUUUUCUCUCCCAUCCACCGCACCCUCACCGCCCAAUCCGCUGCCAACUUCGGUUGCCCUGGAAACAGUAUUAAUAACGCCAUUGGCCGUCAGAGACCUCCAGAUCGAGAGGUGUGCCUUGCCAAGCAGCUACUCCCACUCCUGAAUGCUUGCCAAACGCAGCGAGCGCAAACACACACACACACACACACACACACAAAGUGAAAAAAGAAAACUAAAGUGUAAGUACACUUGAGCUUUUGGGCUCGACUAAAGUGCUGCAGCCAUCGCUUUCGUUUUACUGCACUUAAAAUCUCGCAACUGGGAUGUCGUUUUUUUUUUUUUUCUGUUGGCGUCACCUGGCAAAGCAAAGAGUCUCGCAGAGUGAAGAACCAGGUUGUAACACCUCGACUUAUAAAGCUGAACAUUUGUUGCCAUUGGAGUUUCUUUGUUGGAAUAAUGUUUGAUCACCUUAUGCAUCGCUCUUAAAUCUCCACAGCGACGAUGAGACGUGUAAUUACGAUGAUUGUAAUGAUGGGUAACAUUCAUUAUUUGCUGAUGACAUUUGCAUCGUUAUUCAUGUGGAAUGAACAGUCUUAUGCCAUCUGUAUGCUAUGUGUUG